AUGUCCAUCGACUUCACAAUUCUGUACAGCUUCUAUUUUCGUUGAGCCCCAGCUGUUUGUCUCGCUUGAUCGCACCACCUUUUGUUCGUAUUUGCUUGUAUUUGUUCGUAUUCGGGGUUAGCACCGAUCACCGUUCGGGGAGUUGUCCUGUGCCUGAGACGAGCGCACCGUGCCUGAGAGAGAGGCGACGGUCUGUUUUCUGGAUCAGUCUCGAGCAUUGAAUCUUCGUGCGACUUGAGGCCGCGAGUGAGAAAAUGGCCGGCUACGAUGCUAGCGAUGCUGCCAACCAGGGGAAGGCCGAUGCCCACAGGACCAUGGCGGAUGCUUCAAAUGCUGCCGCACAUGCUGGUGAUGCGGGAAAGGCGAAGGCUGCUGAAGCUGCCGACGUCGCGCAGGACUACUCCAGGCAGGCCGGUGACAAAGUUGCGAACACCUACGCCAAUGCCAAGGACAAUGCGCAGAAGGCAGCAGCUGAUGUUAGCGACUACAGUAAACAAGAGGCUUCCAAGGCAGAUGGCGCAGCCAAAUCCGGGUACGAGAGCGUCGCCAACUCGAUCCAAGAUGGUGCGCAGCAAGGGAAGAGCGCUUUGCAGAAUGCGGCGGACAAAGUGGGUGCCACCGCCGAGUCCGCCACGGACACUAUUGUCGACAAUGCCGUCGCCGCGAAGGAUUCUGCGUACUCUGGCGGUCAGCAGACGAGAGACGCGACAGAGCAAAAGGUUGGCGAGGCCCAGGAGGGUAUGAGAAACAUGGCAAUCGCGGGACAGGAGAAGGGCGCGGAGGGUGCGCAGGCCGCCAAGGGAUACGUCCAACAGGCUGUAGACACGGUGCUUCAAACUGCGUACGCUGUGAAGGAUGCGGUGGUGGGUAAGACCCAGCAAGCCACCAAUGCUGCAGUGGAUGCCAAGGAUACCACGGUGCAGAAAUCUAUGGAGACUUACGAUGCUGCCUCGACGAAGGCUGCGGACACAACCAGUGCCACAAAGGAUCAGAUCUUGGCCGCCAAGGACGUCACUGUGGAAAAGGCCAACGAGGCAUAUAACUACGCUGCGGACACCGCCAAUGCCGUUGCUCAGAAAGCUGUGGCAGCCAAAGACACGGCAGUUCAGGCAGCCGCUGAUACCUACGACGCUGCUGCCACAAAGACGGUGCAAACGAAGGAUGCGGCUGUCGAAGCGACAGCGAAUGCACACAAUGCUGCUGCACAGAAGGCUGUUGAUGCCAAGGAUGCGACUGUAGAUGCCGCAGGGAAGACAUACAACACGGUUGCUGAGAAGGCUGUAGCUGCGAAGGACGCGACCGUGAACACCGCUGCCGAGAACACUCACUCAGCCCCCAGCCAAUUGUAAUUGUAGGUAGAAAUUGGAGAUCACAACCAGCAAAAACCAUGUAAAGCUUGUGUCAAAGCACGCCACUAGAACCAACUAGAUGGCCAGGAUCACAGAUUCAUCGCCAUAGCUGCGGAUUGCAGGCCAAACACAGUCGGUGUAUAUGUAAGAGACAUUUGUUUUUAACAAAAAGAGGACGAGCUACAUUUGGAACCUCUCUAUUCGGUCGACUUCACUGUUGCCGUUGUUGCUCA